AUGCCGGUGCCAUCCUCCGCGAGUGAGGGCUCUGCGGCUGCUGGCGACUGGGGAUUUUCGGGACCCGUGAAAGGGUUUCCUUCGGCUCAGACAGCUCCGCUGUCGACUCUCGACGUCGCAGCACCAGCGGAACAGAGUCCCGCCCAGGGGGAGCAGUGGGAAGCGCUGUACGCGUCAGUGCAGGUCGCGGUGCUCAUGUAUAACGCGCAGUUCGUCUCCGCGCUGGCGGAUGGUUUCCCGCCCGCUGCUGACGUCAUAGCGUCCCUGGACGAGGCCCUGCAGGACCUGGCGAUAGACGUCUACGUGGCAAUGGAUAAGAUGGAAGAGCUGCAGGAGGAGGAGGAAGAGGAGGAGGGGCAGCAGCAGCAGAAAAGUGACCACUGUGUAGCAGGGGAAGUGUCAGGUGAAGGGGUUUCUACGGAUGCUCCAGGGAUUUCAACAGAAGUUUCAGGAGAACUAAAAGGUUGGUCUUUCCUUGCCGCUGCUGGCAAUCUCAGGGACCAGACAGUAUCCGCAGCGCUUCCGCCGUUGGAUGAGGACGAUCUGACGGUUCUGGAGCAGCUGUUGGAGGAGGCGGGGGACGAGAUUCAGGGCCUGUUCCUAAACUGCAAGGGGUCACUGUACGGUCUUGGUGUCACACAUGCUCGUUCCCUCGCCCAUUUUUCUAUCUUGGGGAAGGCACUGAAAGCAGCAAUAGAGGGAGCAACGGAAGCGAGUUUCACUGUGUUAAGGGAUGGACGGGAGGAAGUGAGGUAUUUGGAGAGGAGAGAGGCGGGGGAGAAGGAGGGUGGGGAGAGGAAAGAGGAGGGAGAAGGAAGAGGAGUAGGAGCGAGUGGGAGGGGAUCUGGAUUUGAGUUUGAUACUUCAAAGGUCUCAAGCGGAUGCAGUCAAUCAAACGAGGGAGAGAAGGAGAGGCGGAUAUCGGGGGGAGAGGAGGAGGAAGAAGAGGAAUACGACGAGGAUGAUGACGACAACUCUGACACUAACGAGAGUGACAAUAUCGAGGAUGACUGUAUUAUAUGGGAUGACGGGCUUCAGGAUAUCAGGGCACUGUUCGCCCCUAAGCAGUCCGUUACGACCCCCUCUGGAAAAUCUCCCUCUGCUUCUUCCACCUCCUCUACCCCCUCAGCAGCAGCACUUACACCCCAAGGGAGACCUGAAGCCACUAGCCCUGUCUUCUCUAACCAGAACCAGCAGAAGCAGCAACACCUGCGAACGCAGUCGGAGGUGAUUCUUGACUCGACUCAGAAGUCACCUAGAGCCGCUAACUCGAUUUUCUCAGACCGGCAACAGCAGAACCACCAGCGGGCCUUCUCAGUCGCUGUAACGCCUAACUUAUCCUCUGACUCGAGUAAGCUGACAGCUGACAGCAAGACAUGUGCACCAGGGGCACCCACAGAAGCAGCAGCAUCCAUAGCAGGAACUCCGAAAGGGCCGCGGCUGGGAGCAAGGAUUCUAUUGGAGCGAAUCCGGGACUAUCAAUGGCUGGCGGAAUGGCUAGGGAUUGACCCUGAUGAGCUGCUAAUCCACAAAGUCCUCUCCGUUGUGCCUGUAGGCAUGCUCCUUACUGACCUGGGCGUGCCACGCUCGUUAGAGUCCGGUUUGUUAGAGUCACAGCGCCCGCUGCUGCUGCGGGUGGUGCUGCCUGAGUUCCGGGAGGAGGUGAAGAGGCGGUUGGUGGGUGCAGGGCUGGCGUGGACGGAAGGGAUGUUGAUCAAAACUGUGGUGUUUGAACCGAGGAGGAAUGCUGCUGUGUUCACGACAGGAGGUGGUAGUGCUGCUGCUAGCGGCGGUGCUUCCGGUGCUGUUGCUGAUGCUGCCGGUGCUGGUGGUGGUGGUGGGGAAGCGGGUGCAGCGACUGGUGCUGCUGCAGCUGCAGCAGCAGGAGGAGGGAAAGGAUUGACCAAGAAACCCAGCCACAGCCGAACCAAAAGCGCCGAAGACAUGCAAGAACUAUCCCCGUUUGUGUCACAUGCGGUACAAGAAUCGCUCACAGCAGGCGGCGGGCUUGCAAAACAGAUUCCCCUGGAGGACAUUCUGGCAGCGACAGACUCGUGGAGCCCUGAGAGGAAGCUAGGGGAGGGCGCGUAUGGCACGGUGUUCAAGGGGAUUGUUGGGCGUGGUGGGGAAGGUGGAGAUGGCGAGAUAUGGGCAGUGAAACGGGCGGGCAAUGUGUCGGGGUCUCAUCUGGAGGAAUUUGAGAAGGAGGUGUCAUUCAUGAGUCGCAUGGCCCACCAGCAUCUCGUGCGACUCAUAGGCUUCUGGGCGGAUUGUGACGAGCGAAUUCUCAUCUACGAGUUUAUGCACAAUGGCACGCUCGCCUCCCGUAUCCACCGUGCCGUGGUGCCUGCAUCCCCUACUGGAGAAGCACCGAAGAAGGCGCCCCCUCCCCCUCUCACUUUCGACGAGCGUGUCGCCAUCUCGGUAGGGGCAGCCGAGGGCCUGCGCUACCUGCACGAUUUUGCCCGCCCGCCCGUGAUCCAUCGCGAUAUCAAAUCGGAGAAUAUCCUGCUGGCAGCGGAUCUGCAUGCCAAGGUGGCGGAUUUCGGGCUGCUGAAAACGAAUGACCAGGGUGGGCCCGGGCGGCAUGUGGCGAGAACGAGGCUGGUGGGCACGCCUGGGUAUUGUGAUCCAGAGUAUUCCCGGACUUACAUCGCCACGCCCAAGAGUGACGUGUACAGCUUUGGGGUUGUUCUUCUGGAGCUGGUGACGGGCCGCAGAGCCAUCCUAGCAGAGCCGAGCCAGAAGACAGGGAUGAACCUGGGCAACGUAGCAUCGCUGCUGCAGCGCUCCAAGCACAAUGCCAAAGCGAGCGCCAUGGAGCCAGGGGCCACAACUACGCUCGUGCAAUGGGUGAGGGUGUUUCUGCAAGUCUGUGAUGAUUUUAGAGGCACUUUUUGGCAGGUGUUUCUGCCAUAG